AUGUUUUCUCGACUAGUACCACGCUUAGCCACCCGUGCUUUAAUACCAAGUACAGUUAUUGCCAGACCAAUGCUCGUGACUCCCAUGCUGAUGAGACAAUACAGUGUUAAGAGUAAAGAUGAGAUUUCUCAGAAAUUGAUUGAAGUUGUGAAGAACUUUGUCAAGGGUGAGUCAUCACAGAAUGUUACUGCUGAUUCAAAGUUUCACAAAGACCUAGGUCUUGACUCACUGGACACCGUUGAGUUGAUUGUGUCAAUUGAGGAAGAGUUUGAUACUGAAAUCCCAGAUGAUGUUGCAGACAGAUUGACUAGUAUCCGUGAAACCAUUGAUUAUUUAGCAUCUCAAAAGAAUUAA